GGCAUCCGGAUGCGAUGUUCUAUGUUACUGAAGAGUAACGAUGGCGAUGGCAAGGACGGUGAUGACUCUGUCCGAAGACAUGAUUGUGGAAAUACUCCUGCGCUUGCCCGUCAAAAUUUUGGCCCGGUUCAGGUGCGUUUCUAAACAUUGGCGCUCUUUAAUUUCCGAUCCCCAAUUUGCUAAAAGGCACUUCAAGCGAGCGUCAGAGCACACCCAAAAAAUCCUACUAUCGACCCCUUCUACACUUGGAUUCAUAGAGAUUGAUGCACCUUUCUGGGACGCUUCUGCGGUGAGAGAUCUCUUUUUCCGAUUCAAGCAACGGGGUCGUGCUGUUAAGACGGUGGGAUCUUGCAAUGGUCUGGUAUGCGUUGCCCUAUAUAACCAUAAGGAUUUCUAUAUUUGGAAUCCAUCAACUGAAGCCCACAGGAAACUGCCUGACCCUGAAGUUUCACCCGAUGGUGGGACGUACAAGUAUGGCUUCGGCUAUGAUUCAUCCUCUGGUGACUAUAAGGUCCUUGUGGCCUCUUACGUUGCCAGGAAUCCUGGUCAUUUUCUUGGGUCUGAAGGCAAGCUUUUCUCGUUGAAAGGAAACUCCUGGAUAAGAAUUCAAGUCCUCGAUAACCAUAUAUAUCUUACUACUCAAGCAGGGAUCCUUUGCAAUAGUGCUCUGCAUUGGGAAGUCUUGUUGGACGAGCCUUAUAAUUGUGAAAUGAUCGUUGCGUUUAAUUUAGCUGAGGAGAAAUUCGUCAACGUUCCUUACCCUCCGAUACCCAUAGAAGAGUAUGAAGAGGAAGAAGAUAUAGACAUAUGUUUUGGUGGUUUGAGGAAUCUUGGGGGACGUCUAUGUUGUACAUGUUAUAGAACUAACUUCGUCGAGUUAUUGGUAAUGAUGGAAUAUGGAGUGUAGCAAUCAUGGGAACGUAUGUUUAAAGUUGUGUGUGAUGAUCCAUUUGGAUUUUUUAUGAAUUCAUUCGCGCUAUGGUCCUCAAGUGCUGGUCAGUUUGUGGGCAUAUAUAAGAGACGGGAGUUAAUGAGGAAAUUUUUUGAAAAAGAGACUCAUGAGACCUUUGUUUUUUGUCGUCACCCACGUGAUUGGGAAGCAGUUGUUUUUGCUGAGAGUUUACUUUCACCUAAUGAUUAUGAUUUGGACGAUGUUUAACAUCCUUAAUGGGCAAUGACAGUUCCUGCACUCAAAUUCUGGUGUAUUUCCAUUUUAGUAAUUUUAAGAUUGGAUACAUUUUUGCUUC